CCUCGGUCUCGUCUCGUUCAUUGCUGUCAGCAAGUCGGUCUAUCCUAUGCGAUAAGCGUGACAGUGCGAUGGUGACUGUCCAUGCAUGGCCAUGCCUGUGUCCUUGGUUAAUUCAAUGUCCAAUCGACAAAUCUACUCUAGAUAGACGCAUGCCACCCGGCCCCUCAUUCAAUCUCUCCAAUUCCGUAGACUCACUCACAGCCACAGACCUCCACCUCGCUCACUCGCGAUCCAUCCCAUCACAGCAGGUCUGCCGGUGGUGAUGCGCCUUGCCUGCCGCUGCCGAGGUCGCUCAGCUCCGUCACGAACUGACACGGCGCCACGAAGUCCGUGCAACCGUACACAACCUGACACACACACAUACACACACACACACACAACUUGACACACACACAUGAGCAGCAGACUUGCAGAUAGAUACACGUUGGAUGCACACGGCUGUCUACAGAUGCAGAGUCUGUCUGUCUGUCUGUCCGUCUGUGGACGUGUGGUGUGGGUCGGCCAUGACUCGAUCAUCUCCCUUUCUGACGGCGGCAGACCGGCACGAGCAAAGCAAAGCAAAGCGAAGCAAAGCUCUGGGAGAUGGCCUUAAGGAGCCGACCGCGGGCAGUCACACAGGUGGGUAAGACACCCACCGUGUCAGUGUGGUGCUGCCGGCCGUCUCUCUCCCAAAGUGUCUGGCCCCGGCCGGCGGCAGAAGUCAGCCGUGCCGAGGAAUUGUGCUCUGGGGUCGGUGUCUGGCUGGGCUGCACUGCCUGCCCACCUGGCUCUAGGCAGCCUCACUCAGUGCAUGUGUGUGUGUAGGCCCACCUGCUUUUGCGAUUUGAGUACGAGCUCUUGGAGUGCGUGGGCCUCGACAAAGUUGCCGCCGCCAACGACAAACACCAAGGCUGAUGGAUGGAUGGACACCCACACGUAUGUGUUCCUUCCUCCGUCAGCUGCCUGCCGACCCACCCACCUUGUUUGAAUGGGGUGCGCAUCCUCGGCGCCUCGCCGCCGACCUGCAUGGCCUGCACACACAAGACACAUCAAUCUAUGAGUCAGGACUGCUAUGUGUAAGGGAGGUGUUGUGUUGUGUUGUGACCUUUGGGUCAAGGUAGAGGUAGUGGUCCGUCGGCGACGAGGGCUUCUGCUCGAGGAUGGCCUCCACGAUGCGCGUGAUCGGCAGAUCCUUCUUCUGUGGCAGAAACGCCUUCACACCUGCACCCCGCCCCCACCCGACACACACCUCCACACACCCUCUCCCUCACUCUACUGGUCAUGGCUCGUACCUUUGAGCAGCCCCCUUCCGUGAUCAGUGACCUUGGCGGCCAGUCCGCCGAGCGCCGAGACGGCCGUCUUGGCUGCGGCGCCUCCGAGGCUGGUGCCGGCCGUCUGGCCUGGCAGCGUCUUGACCUCCAUCUGCAUGCUCUUGAUUGACUGACGGGGGGGUAGAGAAGCACACAGAUGGAUGGAUGGAUGGAUGGAGGGCGAGAGGGGGGUUGUUGUUUGUCUAUUUGGUGGCUUGGCUGGGCUGGCCUACGGCAAGGUUUUGGAGGUAGUCGAGUGCCGCUGUGGAUGCCCCGGCUGCCGUGAGGGCGUCGCUGAGGGCGGACAGCUGCUGCUUGGGGAUGUUCUCUGAUCGGUGACAACCACCAGACAGACAAAGAGGCAGGCAGGAGGGAAUGUGAGUGCGGUGUGGUGUGUGGAUUGGAUUGGGUUGACGGUGUGGUGCCUGCCCUGCCUACGUCUGAGGAGGUAGAGCACCAGGAGGGCUCGUGUCUUGUCGACCAAGGUGCCUGAUCCAAUCCAACCAACACACAGAUGAUGAUGCCCCACCCGUCUCCAUCCAGCCAUCCCAUUCAUCCCACGUGUAUCCAUCAGUUCAAUUACCUCGUGUGCUGUGUUUGAUGAAGGCCUCCAUUUGUGAGACCAGCGAGGUCAGCGAGCCACCGGGCACCUCGUCCUCAAACUCGUAAUACUUGUCCAGCUCACGAGCCUAAUCCACACACACACAGAGGGACAGAGGGACGGACACACAGGGUCUGUCUGGGUGGGCGAGUGUGUUGGAUUGGAUGUGCGAGUCAGUUGAGGCACCUACCCACCCACCUUGAUUUCGUUGACGAGUGCAGUGGCGAGGUUGGUGUGCAUGUCGACGCUCCGUUUCUUCUCGGUCAUCUCGGGCAGCGCAUUGAUGGCCGACGCCAGCCCUGCCGUCAGGUCCUCCUCCAUCGGCAGCUCUGAGAGGCAGACCACAGCCACCCGCCCCCACCCACACACGUACCCGAUUCUGUGGUGUGUGGUGUAUGGUGCGGUGUGUGUAUACCAUACCUGGGUUUCCAUUCGGCAUGGCUGAUGACGCCGAGGACGCCUGGCCGCUCUGGAUCUCCUGCAUCCUGCGAUUGUACUCGUUCAAUGCCUCGUGAAUCGCCUGCAGCCACGACAGACAUGAGAGCACAAGACCAAAAGGGGCGAAUGCGGUGCGGUAGAGCCGUGCUUGGGUGAGUGAGUGAGUGAGGGUACUGACCGUGGCCACUGCUGGGAAUGCCACGCCAGCAUAUUGGCUCCAGAAGGCAUCCGAGCUGUCGAGGUCGUAUGUCUUCUGCUUGGGCGGCCCGUCGCCCUCAGAGGCCCCGCCCUCAUACACAGGAACCGUCACACGGUUCAACCUGACCACACACAUACACACAUUCACACACGCCGACACGCGCGUAUGGUAUGGAAGUGGAAACGUGUGUGUGUGUGUGUGUGCGUGUGUGUGUUUAGGGAUUGGUCUGACUUGAACUCGAAGACGUCGUGUAUGAGUGCCUGGUAGGUCCAGGUGUGCUGAAUCAUCACUGACAGAUCGAUGUCACGAUCCUGCAGACACACAGACAGCAGACAGACAGACAGACCCAGGUAUACCGACCCGCACACGCACAUACGGUCCCUCCCCCCGCGUGUGUGUCGGUGUGGGACUGACUGACCAGGAUGAUGAGCACGGGCCUCUGCAGGCUGGCGCUGCUGCUGGCGAAAAUCGACGACGCACUCGAGCCGCGCUGAGACAGAAACUCGCGCAGACGAGCCUGACACACGCGCAAACGCAGAACACACGAAGGGUUUCAAUGACCACACACUCACAGCCGGGCUCACCUCGAGUUUCCUGGCGACCAUUUCUGCCGCAUCGUUCGGUGGACACCUUAUCACCGGAACCACACCUGAAUGAGUGAGUGAUGUGAGGCAACACACACACGCACAUGUGUACGGGCCGGGCCCAUCUUGUGUUGUCUUGUCGUCCCCUCCCUCCCGGCCACCAACCGAGUGUGGCCAAGACGGAGAAGAGGCCCUCGACUACACGGUCAAUAAACGCCUCGAUCUACACACACGCACAGACAAAGUGUGACCACACAAGCACUCACUCGCAGCUACGCGCGCGCCUUUCUCUCUCGCCCUCUCUCUUUUCUACCCAGUCAGUCUCCCUCCCUAACCUCGUGGUCCUGUAUGGUGGCGUCGUGGAGCGUGCGGUAUGCAUUGGUUAGGUUGAGCGAGAACUGGCUCGGCGACAGCGACACGAAACUCAAGAACCGGUCUACCACACGAGUGAUCUGAUGAACCGAAUUCUGACCACCACACCACAGGCCACCACACCACACCACAGACACCUCAUCCUCUGUCCUGGCUGUCUGUCUGUCUGUCUGUCUAUUCGUCCGUCGCUUGCUCACGGCCUGGAGGACGCCCUGUGCGAGUGUUUCGAGGAGCGGUCGGGGGAUGGAUGAGCUGAAGUUGAGGUGGUACCUCUCGUAGAGGUUCCGCUGGCAGUCUGCGAUGAUCCUUUGGAUGUUCUGGGGGGUGGGCUCCACGAAGUACACCGACGGCACCUCAGGCACAGCACUCCUCUCGCUGUGCAGCGGCAGAUGCAGCGUCACGCCGUGCCGACGGAGGCCGCCAACCUGACACACAUCACAAUCACAGUGGUGUCAGUCAGGGAGUGUGAUUGAUGCCCACUCCACUCACUGACCUUCAUCAGUGGCGCGAGGACGUCCUGGCAGAAUCGGUCGUAGAUGACGAUCUUCCAGGUGACGCCUUCUGUCGAGGGCCCUCCCCAGCCACUCAUGCCGCCCCCGCCGCCUCGCAAGGGGUCCUCCAUGCCGCCCGACGGAGCCACCUGCAGCAGCAGCAUCUUGGUCACCGCGUUCUUCUGACAUUCUUGCACGUUGAGAGCCAUCGGCAGGCAACACCUGACCUGACGGUAUAGAGCGUCCAGCUGAGUGUGCAGAUGAGUGAGUCCUGUGCACGGCGUGGUUGUUGUGUGUUGCGCCACCUGCAGAAUUCUGUUUUCUCAGCUGGUCUGCUGCUCAUCCCUAGCCAUAGCCAUUGCCAUUGCCAUCGCCAUCCUCUGUACCC